AUGGUCAUGGCCCCGAGCGGGCGACAUCCUCAAGGAUACUCACCCAGCUUUCGCGGGAGAGGAAGGGUCGGAGGGUCGUUCUCCUCCAGGGUGCCGACUGAGAACUUGCCCCCCAACCGUGACUUCAUGGAGGGCCUCGUUGACACGCCUCUUCAAACCAUAGCUAUCCCAGCAAGGGACUCCAAUCAGGAGGAAGUAACAAUCGUCGACCCGACGUACGUUGGCUCCUACAACUGGACUCGCCAUGACAAGCCAACCAUCAUGGUACCUGGAUCUCCUCCACUCUGGCGAAACAGACAGAUGCCAUACACCAUCACACCAGACACCGGAAUCCACUAUGUCGACCACAACGGGUACCGUAUGCACGCGAACGUCCUGCUGCCACUCGUGCUCGCCGUCAAUAAACGGCACGAGAUGACCAAAGCACCGGCGUUCGACUGGGCCUCGGUCGACUUCGUGACCGACCGAAACAACCUACGCGGCCUCCUCCGGUGGGUCAACGGGACUUCGAGGGACUUCCGCAUCGACCUGCAGCUCGCGGGCGAGAAGACCAUCUUGAUGAAUAGGUGGUCUGCGCGGUACCGCGAGGUAUUCAAUGGACGCACGUACGGAUUCAGCUUCGAAAGGGAGUCGACGGAUCCUGUGCCGGGAUGUAGGGGCACACAGUCACACCACCGCAUUAUUACCUACGAUCUAAACGGACUGAAGAUGGUUGUGCGCUUCGAAGUCGACGCAUGCAUUCGCCCGCCUGCCAAGUACCCCCGGAAGAGCGUCUCGAGCAUGGACGAGCUCGCCGACUCCCUGGGCUCCGUUUCCCUCUCGCAGGAACCCGACAGUGCGAGCGGCGGACUCCUCACCGUCCUCGAGGGCGGCUCCGAAGUGUCCGCAGCGUCCAUUAUCGAGAUGACCACGCGCUCUCAAAACACUCUGGACACGCGGGGGUACGAUUGGAAAGAGGCGUAUCCUCAGCUGUACUUCUCGCAGACGCCGCAUCAUUAUCUGGCCAUUCACCGCCGGGGAACGUUCACGGAGAUCCAGAAGAGGAAGCUGUCGGAAAUGGUCCAGUUUGAGAAAGACGCGCAGGAGGAUUUGAAGAAGCUGAGGAAGGCAUUGGAUGUUAUCAAAAAUAUUGUGCUCGAACAUGGGAAGAAGGGGAGGAUUAGUUUGGUGUGUGUCGAGGGCGUGUUGAAGGUGUAUCAGAGGAGCGGGGAUGAUAGCUGCCUCCCAAGUACUGCGAUGAGGUUUUUCGAAUCUUCUUGA